AUGUUUUCGGGAUGUUGCUAUCCUGAGCGGGCUUUAGAGUAUAUCGAUGCGGCUCGCCGAGAGAUGGAUCCCACACUCCCACCUCUCUCUGAGAACGUGUGGACGUGCGAGAAGAACGCAAAGGCUAGAGCCUCUCAUUUCGACAUGUUGGCCGAAGGUACUUGUCGCUUCACAGAUGUAGAAUCGUUCAUCGAUUCUGAGACCCUGAAAGAAAUGAAGAAGAUCAGUGUGAAGGGGAAUGUUCAGAAAUUCAAGAAAUGGUUUCAGCUAGCAAAAAAGGGCAAGAUGGCCAAGAAGGCAUUCUGCUCACGACACUUGAAGCAGUGCUGCAUCCGGAAGAGGUUCCUAGAUACCAGCGGGACCAUAUGCACUGCAUACAGCACUUUGGGGUCAUUAGAAAAGGAGGAAUCCGUGAACGCCAUUCUUUUGUGCAUCUACAUGGUGUGUUGUUUCAAGCAAGGUGUACCGAUCGUGCUCCAUGAGAACGUAUUAGGUUUUGAAACAACGUCCAUGAGAGACUUCGCAGAAGAGAUGGGGUAUGAGCAUGUGGCGUUUUCCACCAAGCCGAUGGACGUCGGUAUGCAUGUGGGAAGGCCUCGCAAGUAUGACCUGUUCUACAAAGCCUCAUUGCUGGAAGCUGUGGGAGACAUCAAGAAGGCCUAUCAGGAGUUUGCGAAGAACAUCAGGGCCAACCUCCCGGAGUGUCAGGUGGACGACUUCUACUUCGAGACCGACGAGACGGCCCUCAGACUGGAGAUGCACCGAUCCGGAUCAGCUAAAGGAGAUCCUGCAACUUGCUCUUUGACCGACUGGCGACCCUUGCUCACGGACUUUGAGAUGAAGAAUUUCGAUGGUUAUAUGAAGAGGCAUGACAAGCUCGAAGGGGAGAAGAAACCUCCUCCCGUCUUUGCGGUGAGCCAGAACUUUGAGACCCACCCCACAGCUGUUGGAGGAAGUGAUUUUUCGCUGCCGUGCAUGACCAAGAGUGGCACCAGGCGACUUGUCCAUGGAGAGAAGCUCAGGUGGCUAACAAGUCGGGAAAAACUGGCAGCUUCUGGUUUGGCAAUCUCUGAACUUCAGGCAAAGGAGGCUGGUAUCAGGGCGCCCGUCCAGUGGAGUCUUGAUAUGGGGUGGCAUGACAGAGUCGGAAAUGGAAACCAGCUUCAAAACGUGGGGUUGGUGUUGCUUGCAGCCCUUGCAAAUCUACGGAUAAGAGACAAGGCUCCAGAAAAUUUGCUCUUCAUUGAACCUCCUUCUGAACCUGAUGGUCUAUCGGUGGUGGACGGGGUAUACAUUCUCAAGGUGGGUCACCUAGACAUUCCAGUUGGGGGUGACAAAGUCUUCGCCUACAAAAUCCACAAGCAGCUUCACGAAGCGAGACUGGAGCAAUCCGCGCUUACAGUUCAGCAAUUGAGAGAGAAGCUCGGAGAGUGGGGGGGCAGCGGAAAAAAGUUCAACCAGGCAAAGACAAAAGAAGACAAGCAAGUGGUUGUGUUGGAGGCCUACUACAUGAAAUUCUUGCACGCCGAGCCUGAAAAACAAGCCUCAAACGAAAAGACGCCUACUCCAAAAGCAGCAGUCACCACCUCCAAGCAGUCGCAAAAAGAAGAGGUUCCCAAAAGUGUUCAGAUAGAAACUGCAAAGAACUUCAAAGCUGAUGUGUCCUCAAGCAUUCUUUCCGAAGAACCACCACCACUUGGAAAGAUUUUGGUGCUUGAGAAAGGAUGGCUUGACAAAAUUUUGGAGGGAGAAAAAACACUGGAGCUGAGAAAAACCCUCAUUGAUGAAAAGGAACACAUGUACCUUGCUGCCAAGGAUUGCAUCUAUGCAAAGUGCAUGGUCUCGGACCCGAUCGAAAUUUGCAACAGUGAUGAAUUUGAAUCAUUGAUGGAAGCUCACCAGUGUACAAACCCACCUUACUCCUUCCCCAUGGUAGGCCACAGAAUCAGCAAGGUUCAGAAAUUGACACCCUUGAGAUUCAACAAACUUCGUGGGGCGGUUGGGAGGGCCCUUUACAGACCGUUGUCGAAGGGUGAGGAAGGUGGAAAAGAGGAUGCCCCGGUUGGUGAGAACGAGGGGGAUGUCCCGGUUGGUGAGGCUACUGAGGCACUGAAGCUUUCGCAACCUGACUUGCUUCAGGGUCAAUCAGUGAAGCUUGUGGAUCACAAGGAAAUGACCUUCUUCUUCCUCUUGGGCUCUGUGGACUCGGAAGGGGUUGUUCACAUCAAGGGAUGUUGGUGCCCGGAUUGGGAGGCCCAAAAAAACAUCUACUCCUUGAGUUGGAAAGAUAGUUCAUUGGAGGAACUACGCAGCGAGAAAUCCGAUGAGGUUGUGGGGUGCAACAUUGUGAAACCUGGUGGGGUUGCAGAGCUACACCAACUGGAUUUUGAAAUGGCUUGCAAACAUCAAAAGGAAUGCAUUCCAAAAUUUGUCACCAUUGUUACAGGGUCUGAUCGAAUCUCUCACUUCUUUCGACUACCAGAGGAAAGCAUAGAGGAUCACCAAGUGACAGAUGCAAACGUGACAAAACUCUGUGAAUCGGUUACCUGGGUGGGCAAGUCUUCCCUCUACUACUGUGAUGUAGUCAGUGAACGUCUUGCUACUUUGAAAGUGAUGGAGGAGGAGGCACGUCGAGCCUUGCUGCAAAAGAAAGGGUGCCUGAAGAAGGUUGCAGAAAAAGCUCAGGUACCAAACGCUGGAGAAGUUAGCACAGCUGUCGCCACCCUGACCAACAUUGCUGAUGAACUGGGUGCGUUUGGUGACUGGUUGACUGGCCAGAUCAGCAACUUUAGCGCAUUUUCCCCCGCUGUCAAGCUAGAGUUUGAAAAUGAGUUGAAAAAGUUCCCCAUGGCAUCUACAGAGCUUCAGAAGGCCAAUUGCGCUGAAUGUCCAAGAGAUGUGGGGGCUGCUGCAAAACUGUUGGCUUCCGUCUUUGGUCUCCAAAGCAAUCUGAAACUUCGGGCUGCCAGACGAGAAGCGGCGGAUUCUUCUGGUCACACUUUUGAUGGGUCCAAAUGGAGAACGAAAAGGAAGAAAGGGGAGCUACACACACCACCAAGCAAAAUCCGAAAAUUGUUCACGCCAGAGGAUGAGCGGGUUGAGGAGGGGGAAGUGGUUGACAAUGAGGGUGAAGAGGGUGAAGAGGAUGAAGAGGACAAGGAGAAAAAAGGGGGUGGACUGUCAAGAAGAACACGUCUUCCUGUUUACAAGAAACUUCUUGCGAUCAGGGAGGCAGAUCGAUUUCUUGAGGAAGGUCUGAAAACUGGUGUAGAAAAAAAGGUGAUGGCUACUUUUCCUGAGAUGUUCAUGGGCACGAAAGGGAGGAUGAAGUCGGGAAUGCUGGGGCGUUGGAUGGUUCAGUGCGAUGAACAAGAUUGGAGAAAGAUCCCAUUUGAAAAGAUGUCCAACCAUGAUCAGCAACUCAAAGACUUACCAGACUGGAUCCGCCUACCAAUGGGGUUGCCACCUAGGUCACUUGACAAGUUCAAAAGCGGAACCAACAUUCCAGGUGCUGUCACCAGAAAGAUCAUCGAAAUGAUUGAAAAAGUGACUUGCGGGGAGGGAACACGGUUGACUUCCGGCAGUGUGAAAGUGGACUCUGUGAAAAAACAGGCAGAGAUACUACUCGAGGCCUACAACAGGGCCCAGCAGGAGGCUGCUGCACAACAUGGGAUAGCCAUGCCAGAAGUGAAGUCCACAGUAUCAGAACGUUGGAUCAAUCGUCUGCUAUCCCACUAUGGUUGGAAACGAAAUACUCCGAAUACUCUGGGAGCAUACUUGGAGUUUGACGAUGAGCGUAUGGUAAAAUCAAGAAAAGCUUGGGCAUUUCUCAGGCUACUGGGGUGGUUUUGGGGGCAUUUACAUAUAUAUAUAUAUAUAUGUACAAUAAGCAUGUAA